AUGUAUAUAAGCAAUGAUAGCGUUAAAGAAGCAAUCCACAACACUCAUACGAAAUCAGCAAUGGGCCAAACUCAAUCAGUACAAAAACAGGACUCCGCAGCAAUAAGAAUUGACGCGGCAGCUCAAAAUCAAAACAAUAAACAAGUCACCAAUGAGGAUACUGAUAUCAAAGAAUUUUUAGAAAAUGGUACCAAUCAUAUUAUGGAAAUAAUCAAGCAGUGUAUUGAAGAUUCGAAAGAACUUCAAGAUCAUGAAUAUAAAACCGAAUUCAUUUAA